CUAGCUUCUGGAGUGCUGCGGGGAGAGCGAGCCCGGGGCUUCCAGCAGGCUAAGCAAGCACUCCACUAACAGCUAUUUUUAAAAUCAUUUAGGAACUAAUAAUGCUGUUCCCAUCUACCUCUCUUCUCUCCCUUUUCCUUUUUCUCCCCCUUGUCUCUCCCAAUAAAUGGGGGGAGGAAAACCUUGUGGGGAACACGUGACAUGGAAGCUCCACUUCAGCUUUUUGGUAAAUCUAUUUUCUUCCCAAUUUAGAGGACAGCAGAAUGAGCACUAAGAAGUCUCCUGAAGAAAUGAAGAGCAUUUUCCAAAAAUAUGCAGCCAAGGAAGGCGAUCCAAACCAGCUAUCAAAGGAGGAGCUGAAGCUGCUGAUUCAGUCAGAAUUCCCCAGUCUCCUGAAGGGUUCGAGUACUCUAGACAAUCUCUUUGAAGAGCUGGAUAAGAAUGGCGAUGGAGAAGUCAGUUUCGAAGAAUUCCAAGCAUUUUUCAAAAAGAUAUCACAAUGAAGAAGCCAUCAAGGAGCCCCAUCACCACCUACUUAUUGAAUCCUUUGCAAUCAUAAAGAUCUAGCUGUGAGAGCAAGAUACUGUUAAUAAAUCAAAUUCUAAGACAUGUC